AUGACUGAUCUAUUGGCGUCAACUCAAGACAUAUGUAGACUGUUUAUACUAGGCAACUGGUCUGCGAGUGCAGGGGAUGCCAUUGACAGCGACGGAUCACCACUGCCUAUCGUUCUUCCUCGGCAAGGCAGUACAGUUCAACGUAUCAGGAUAUUGGUGUUGGAUAUCCUGAAUAUGCGUAACGAAGAACUAUGUAUCAUACGAGAGUGGUUUACAUUGCUCUCGAUGCUUACAACUCUGGCAACCAAAGUUAUCAGUGAUAACGACAUUAGAGCUGUACAGAGACUGGUAACAGCGAACGCUAGCACUCUGUCGAAGUUAAGAAUAAGUGUCGUCGGUGAGGCCAAUGAAGCUUUUGACAGUCUGGACGGCGUUCUGUACGAUAUCGUGAAGGCGAAGGAAUACAAAACUGCAGUCAACAUUUCCCUUCCAUUGAAAUUUCAUUGGGGACACGAUUCUAGACAUAAGAAUGAAAAAGAUUACGUAGAAUGGAUAAACAUUUUCGACGUCACAGACAAGACGCGUGUAUCGUACACGAUAGAAUUUGUUCAAAUAACAGACGAAUACAUCAAAGACGCGUGGGUUGACGAUUAUGACCAUUUGUACACAUGCCUCGAAUCGGAUACACUUCCGCCUGUUCCUACUGCUGUGCAUGUCUUCCAGAAUCCCGAGGCAGUAUGGCCCGAAGAACCGAGUUCCUUCAUUUGCCAUGCUUGGGCAUCGAACGCGAUGCCAUAUCAAGGAUUCUUACCCGCCAAUGUCGUUGACUUUUUCCAAGGCAAUUUGCUCAAGGUUCUGGCAUAUGGAACCUACGAUAUCCCGCUUUUUUGUGCUAGUCCGGGACAAUGGCGUUUAGAAGAACAAACGAUUGAAGCGUGGGCGACCCUCGAAGAAUUAUUAUCAUGUUUCAGAGACAUAUUGGCCAAUCAAAUCUUCGUGGCUAGUCCAACCAGACUUAGGUUAUUGGACUCAAAAGGAGUCCGCUUCACGGAGGCUCAGGCAUCUUCAUCGAUCCACGAGAAUGCUGACUUUGCGUAUUUUCUCAAAGCUUACCAUGCAUUCGGAGUGCCCGUCUGGAUAGAUUGGGGACCAAUGACCGAUCCCUUUUCUGCAUGCGAUCCCCAGCUACAAAUUGCUUACAAGUUUCUACUGCCUCCAAAACAUAUCAGAUCACUGAAUGAAGGAACCAUCACAGAUGAUGAAGAAGAGAAGAGGUUCGCAUAUGAGUAUGCGUCAAGUGACUCAGCGUCUUCUGUCUCCACACGACAAAGAUUAGGAGAGACAUGGGAGGAAUUCUUUUGUUGCCUCGAAAAGGAAACGAAGUUAAUGAUGGUACACGAAUCUGCCAGGGAUGCACGGAAACGUGAGACCAGGGAUCUGAUUGCCAAGAGGCAGUGUUAUCCUACGAAGACAUCCAAUGUCUUCGUUUGGAACAGUGUUGACAGUAAAGAUUAUCUGAAGCGGAGACAGGAAGAGGGAAACCAAGAUUCGAGUACUUCCGGACCUUCCGUGGGACCAGAAUUAAUCAGACCAGGGAUGAACAGCCACGCCACGUGGGAGGCAGUUUACACUGAAAUGUUCAAACCGAAACUCCAAGGCACUGUACCAACUCGAAGAGAAUGCAUGACAUUGGAAGAAGUUAUAUGGUACCAAUGCGGGAUCAUUACGACUACUGAUGGCAUCAUUAAAGGCUACUCUGACAGAUUCCCAGAGAUACAUGGGACUUCAGUUCCACAUGUCCUCGUUAUCUGCGACACUGGGCAUCAGCGCUUUACGGUUAUGAUUGUCGAGUCUUGGGACAAAUCAAUUACAGGGUACGAAAUCCAGAUAACAGACGAAAAAGAUGCGCAGUUCAACCUCAUCCUGUAUCAUGCAACAGACGUACUUCAUGUUUUCCGUUUACCAUACCUGUCUUUCCCGAACCGCCUUUAUACUGACCACGUGGAUUCGCACCAGACGUCGAAGACUUCAGAGCAGUACCUUUGGAAAAGGGGUGCUUUAUUCGGCAAUCCUGCCACGGUUAGAGCCGCAUUGAUGCACGGAGGAAUCAUCUGGUGCACAUCGCUUUGGACCACAGUCGACGAUCCGAGCUUCAUAUUAUCUGGGUUCGAAAGGUUGGGCCCUUGUACAGAGAACACGAUUCAAUGGAAACCGAAUGUUUCACACAAAGACUCUUGGGAAACAUGGAGGGAAACCCUCUCAGAGAGUCAGAUAGAUGUUAUAUGUGGAGUUUAUAAGGUGCACAGUGCUUCUGUCACAGGCUUUCCGACGCAGGACGUUUCAUGGUUCCCCAAGCCGAAAGCGUUCAAGAAAUCCGGCCUUGAUCUAGGGUUCUGGUCAGCCGAUGCCUGA